AUGUCGGUUUUCUGGAUACUAGCAGCCCUCCUCGCCACUGCGGCGAGUGCUCGGCCAUCGCCUCGAGCAUUAACCGACCCAACCUACUUCUUUACCUUUGGCGAUUCAUACUCCCAAACCGGGUUCAGCGCUUCAGGAACCCAACCUUCAGCUGCUGCACCGAUGGGGAAUCCAGAUCUCGGAAUCGGCACCACGACCAAUGGCCCCAACUAUAUCGGCUACUUGACCACGCAAGAGAAUGCGACCCUGGUCCUCAACUACAACCUCGCUGCCGGCGGCGCCACCAUCGAUAACGCCCUCGUCCCCGCCUACCCUGGGGACUUGGCUUCGCAACUCCGGCUGUUCGAGGAUGUCUAUAGCACCCAACCGGCCAGUGCCCCGUGGACCUCGAAGAACGCAGUGUUUGGGGUUUGGAUUGGGAUUAAUGACAUCGGCAACGCAUACGCGAUCACCAACGCGGCAACCUACACCCCGCGCCUCAUCGCGCGCCUUAAGGAACAAGUCGCCCAGCUCUACGCCAACGGCGGCCGCAAGUUCCUGUUUUUGAACGUCCCGCCCACCAGCCGCAGCCCCUUGUUCCUGGCCGAAGGGAAUGCCACCGUGGCGCAGCAUGCGGCGUACCUGGCGGUGUAUAACCAAAACCUGAAAACGAUGGUCGAGGAGUUCAAGCGGGAACAUCAGGAUGUCACCACUGUCUUGUAUGAUGCGUGGUCGUUCAUGACGAAGAUUCUGGACGAUCCGACGGCGUAUGGGUUCCCGGAUGCCACAUGCAUCAAUGACGAUGGGACCUCGUGUAUUUGGUGGAAUAAUUAUCAUCCGGGGAUGAAGUACCAUCUGUUGCAGGCGGAGGAUAUGAAGUCGCAGAUGAAGGUCUUGGGUGGUUGGUAG